AUGGCGCUCCCCAUCGUCUCGAUCGCCUUCAUCGUCCUCGCCGCCCUAGCCAUCCUCGAGCUCGGCCUCCUCGCCUACGUCGCCGACGCCUUCCGCAGCUUCACACCCUCCUCCGUCGCCUUCUCCAUCUUCAACACCAUCUGGACCCUCCUCGUUGCCGCCUACUUCCUCGCCACCCCGCGCUUCGCGCCCCAAUUCUUCCACAAGCUCGUCGGCCUAGCCCUCCUCGCCGUCUCCACCAUCUUCUGGUUCGCCGGCGCCGUCGCCAUGGCCGCCUACCUGGGCGUGCCGCGCUCCUGCAGCAAGUUUAAUGCGUGCAGGACGUUUCAGGCCGGGAUUGCUUUUGCGUUUUUCAUUUGGGCCAUCUUCACGGGUAUCACAGCCCUCGAAGCUCUCGACGCCGUAAAGAACCGAAGCGCUGCUCCCGCCGAUGUCCAGCUUGAGGCGAACAAGCCCCAGCCUAGCGCCGCACCCUAUCCUGCAGCCUAA